AUGGAGAGAGACAAAGAAAUACAUAGGAUAAAGAUAGAAAAGUUAAAGACAGUGGCUUCUUUGGAGGCACGUUACCACGGUUUUGAUCCUGUAGCUUAUCUGCACUAUAACUACACUCCACCUCGAGCUGAUUUUGAGCGGAAAAGUAGCAUUGUGCCAUGGAAACUCAGCUGUCUGCACAAAGCCUUUACUGAAGAUGAUAUAAGAGGGGACAUUUUAGUUGAUGUGGGAUCCGGCCCCACUCUCUACCAAGUCAUGAGUGGUUGUGAGAGAUUUAAUCGUGUCAUCCUGUCUGACUUUUUGGAAGUGAAUCGAAGAGAGCUACGAAACUGGCUACAGGAGGGAAAGAGCAGUAUAGACUGGACUGCUUACUUCAAGUACGUUUGUGAACUGGAGGGUCGCAGUUCAUCGGCUUGGGCAGAAAAGGCAACACGUCUUCGUUCGGUUGUGUCUGAUGUGCUGCCAGUUGAUGUACACCAGUCCUUUCCAUUAUCACCAGAGUUCUUGCCCCCUUCUGGAGCAGACUGUCUGGUGUCAUCUUUCUGUCUGGAGAGUGUAAGCCAUGACUUGCUUUCCUUCGACCAUGCCUUAGGCCACAUCUCCAGCCUGCUUAAAAAAGAUGGUCACCUCCUGCUUAUUGGUGCCUUGGGAGAGAGCUUCUACAUGGGGGCACCAGGCUACAUCCCUGUGGUCCCUCUGGAUGAGUCUCAGGUCUGUGCUAGCCUGAAGGCCAGUGGAUAUCAGCUGUUGCAGUUGUGCAUUUACCACCUGCCCCCAGACAUGAAGCUGGGAGUGGAUGAUGUCACUGGUGUGUUCUUUGUAAAAGCUAAGAAAACAUGAACAAUUGUAGUUGAAGAGUAGUUCAUGGACUGUAAAGUUAGGCCAUGUAUGACUGUCUUAUGUCUUAAUUCUUCACUUUUAAUUGAACAUGAAAAAUUACAACAAAUUCUAAACAAAACAAUUGUUCCCAAUGUUUGAUUUUACUCAUUGCAAUUAUCACAAUUAUUAAAAUUCACCCCACAUUCAUUGCAGUUAAUAUUGUCUGUCUCUUAAACAGCAUAUGUGACAGUCUAUUAGUAUCUAAAUUACACAAACAAUCAAUGCUGGGCAUGUUAUCAGUAAUUACUUUUAGGUACUAGUUACUUCUCACAACUGAGUUACAUCUAAUUACCAGGAAAAGUAACUACUGUGUUACAUAAAAAAUAAAAUAAAGUAGAAAUGUCAUGUAACUCAA